CCCAAAACACUGAAGGAUGGCGUGACAGAGACGUGCAGAUACUAGAAUCAAUUUCAACAUUUAUUGAACAUUCUUCAGUCGUCAUGAAUUUGCGUCUUUCAAACAAGUCAACGGGUAUGUUGGAAGAUAUGUGGUACUACAUUAUUUGUUGCCAGACUCACCUAAUCAGACUGUCAAAGCAUCAGCCAAACACGUCGUAAUUAGAAAGAAGAUCUUAAUUGUAUGUGAUCGUACAGCUAUACUUCUCACACGUAUGAAGUUUUUUCAGUGAUUUAACUACAUUGCAACAAUGGACGAACUGCAAAGGAGAGUGGUACAGGAGGACGCGGUCCAGUAUAAGCUCUUUAUGACCCAGCCUCACUGCUCUACUGAAGAGGAACAUGUCUUAGGUCUUGUGGAUGAUAUUCUUGCUAAGGUGGCCCCUCUGUCAGUGCGGUACAUUUGGCAAAACCAGUCAUUCAACCUCAAGUAUCACCCGGAGGAAGGAGGUGUUCCAGCUCACAUUGGUGGCAGCACCCAAUUUGGGGACAAUGUGGAAGAUGAAUGGUUUAUUGUGUACCUUCUGAAGAAAAUUACAGAGGCUUUCCCAGAGCUUGCAGCAAGAGUGGAGGACAACGAUGGGGAAUUUCUUCUAAUUGAAGUAGCAGAUCAUCUCCCUAAGUGGAUAAAUCCGGAUACAAGUGAGAACAGGGUGUUCCUCUACCGGGGUGCAUUGCAUAUCCUGCCCUGUCCCUCGCGUUCCAGUCCAAUAGGGUUCCCAAAAGAUGUGGUCCCCAGUGUUAAGCAAGCUCUGGCGCUGCUCUCCAAGCAGCCAGAAUCCUGCCGGGCCAGCCAUAAGAUUAGUUUGGCCCUGGACAAGCGUCUAAAUGGAUAUCCUGAGAAGGUUCAAGCCAGCCUGCAUCGUGCCCACUGCUUCAUACCUGCAGCGGUGGCCGUAGCUUUAGCUCAGCGACCCGACCUGGUGGCCCCGGCCGUGUCCGCCUUCUACCUGCGGGACCCCGUGGAUCUCCAGGCGUGCCGAAACUUCAGGAAAUUCCCUCCUGACACCCGAGUGUUGACCUCGGUGAUGUUCACUCGCUGCCUCUACGCUCAGCUGCAGCAGCAACAGUUCAAGCCAGACAGGAGGAGCGGCUUCACCUUGCCAGCUCGCUCUCACCCCCACUACAAUGCACACGAGCUUGGCAUGAAGCUGGCUCACGGCUUUGAGAUCCUGUGCUCAAAGUGCAGGCUGCCAUCUUCAGAAGAUGACGACUCUGUUAGCUGUAACCCUCAGUGGAAAGGAUUCAUGCGGAGUCUGAAGAGGAACGAUUACUUCCAGGGGGAGAUGGAGGGUUCGGCGUGCUACAGACGUCUGGUGAAAUCAGCAGAAACCUUCUUUAAGCAGUCCGUCGUCUCAAAAUCCAGUGGCAUGUCUCCGGGGGAGGAAGUUCUCCAACUGCUGCGCACGUGUCCCAUCGACAUUGACAAGCUGAAGGAACAGGAGUCACAGCUCCCCCAAGAGGACAGCGACAGCUGGCUGGAAGUCAAUGCCCAGGACCUGGAGCGCAUGCUGGAUGAAAGGGGCGGAGCCAGAGCAGACGGCAGCACGGUGAGACGGGCUCCGACUGUCGCGGAGACGGCGUUUGGCGGGGGGGGGGAAGAGGAGGCGGGUUACAGUCUGGUGGCGGUCAGCCAGAAGAUGAAGAGCUUCCUCAGCGCCAUGUCGUCACAUGAGGGUGCAGAGUUGCCAUGGUCCACUUCAUCUCAGCCUUUCAGCUUUGACCCAGACUCCCUGACGACUGCAUUGGACCGACUCUUAGGAGGCAAAAAUGAAGAAGAGCUUGAUUCAGAUGAUCUUGAUGAAGAAGAGGAGGAGGAGGAGGAGGAUGUGGAAGAGGUGUUGGAAGAGGAGGAUGACGAGAAAGAAGAGGUUCCCCUUGGUCCUGCAGAGAUGAAUGGGAUGGAGGCUUUGGACACACUCCGAGAAUACAUGGACCAAAUGGACCAGGAGCUGAUGAGCACAAAUAUCGGGCAAAGCUUUCAUCAGACGAAUUACAACGAGCCCACAUCAGACAAAAGCUCCACCCAGCCCCCCACCACAAACCACCUGCCGAGCCAACCGGCAGAGGCGACAGUGGCCGAGGAGACGGCGGAGAUUCAGCCUCUCGACGUGGACCUCAACCUGGUCACCAACUUGCUGGAGUCCCUCAGCUGCCAGGCCGGGCUGGCCGGGCCUGCCUCCAACCUGCUGCAGAGUCUCGGAAUACGCCUGCCUCCAAACUCAGAUUGCUCAUAAUGGGCAGCUUUCUCCUUUGUUGUCAACAACUAAAGCAAAAAGAAGACUUUCUGUUUCUCUGUUGACCAAGCGCUAUGGUGAGUGGUGUUUUAUUGUGAAAGAAUCAUGGAGGAAACUGUCUAGGAAGUCCUCAAAACAACAUUUAUGCGGAAUAAGGCAAAGUUCACUAGCACUUGAGUGGCUUUAAGAAUAAAAAUGCUUUAUGUAAUGUAAUGUACACACCUUCAAUAAGGUAUUCAGUAACUUUUUACAAUAUCCAGUGUUUUGUGAGAGUGUGGAGAUGAUUUGAGUGCUUACAUUUGGUUGGCAGUAACACAAUAAAUAUUUUUGCAACAAAAGUGCAUUGUUUCGUUCUGGCAUUGCCAUAAUUACUAAGCAACUUUGUAUUACAACUCUGUAUUAUAUGCUCUUAAAAAGCAUUUGGCGCACAACCCAUAGGGGGCGCCACUAAGUCAAAUUGCCG